AUGGCGUUGGUGAGAAGUCUCUUUAGUGCAAAGAAGAUUCUUGCUGGCUCCUUAGCAAGAACAAGCAAAGCACCAAAAGGGUUUCUUGCCGUGUACGUCGGUGAGAGUCAGAAGAGGCAGAGACACCUUGUGCCAGUCUCAUUCUUGAACCAGCCUUCCUUCCAAGCUCUUCUUAGUAAAGCUGAAGAAGAAUUUGGGUUUGAUCAUCCAAUGGGUGGCUUGACGAUACCUUGUCCUGAAGAUACUUUCCUCACUGUAACUUCUCGGAUCCAAGGAUAA